ACAAGCAUACAUAAAAUUUAUUGUCUUAAAAUGAUAUUCAAUUAAAAAAUAUUUCUUGGUGAAACAUCAUUUGCAAAUACAUUUUAUCUCUCGUUGUUGAAUCAUGUCAGUUACAAAUUAAACUUGUAAAUUCUAUCACAAUUAAUCAUUUAGCAAUAUUACUUAUAAAAAAAAGAUUUUUCUACCAGUUGCUGAUCAGAGUAUAUAAAAAAAUAAAGCUACGUCUGAUCUGCCGUUAAGUUGUACUACUACCUCAUUCUUCACUUGAAGACAGUGGAGUCUCAUAGCGGAUGUUUUCCGAACUAGUAAAAAAAUAAUUUUUAUCGAGACGCCUUUACUCGCAAUUAACUUAUUCAACGGACGAGGGCGCCUACAAAAUGGCAACCCGUCAAUGAUCGUGAAAUGGUAAAUUGCUGUUCUGCAGGGGUCGUUGUCUACUUAAACGUUGCUACAGGCGCUCCGGAAAAAUCCUUACUAAUAGUUCCAAAAAAUUCCGCUACGAGCCUCUACUGUUUUUGGCUGAAAAGUGAGGUAGCAGUACGAGUUAAUAAUGGAUGAAAAAUGUUAUAAUUGCACUUUCGAAUAAUGCUAUUUAAUGGUGAGCGUAAAGAGGAAAUCUGACAAGCAAUUCAUCGGAAUGGAUAUGCGGCGGCGUUUCUUUCUCGUUGCGACGACGUUGCUGGCAUUCGCGGUCCACGGCGUCCACGGCGUCGCGCGGCCUAUAAAAGUCGGCGCGAUUUUUCAUAAAGGCGAUGAAGAUCUCAAAUUCGCGUUCGAAAGAGCAAUUUAUGAUACGAGAUACGAGCAUCUCGCACCCGCGUUCAAGCUCAUUCCUGUCAUCGCCGAAGUGGAUGUUGAUACUGACAGCUUCAAUACUGCAACAGCUACUUGCGAGCUCCUCCAAGAAGGAGUGGUAGCCAUUUUCGGACCCGCAAGCCCGCAUACUCGUGGAAUCGUCACGAGCAUUACCACGCGAUUUGAUGUACCGCAUAUCGAAUACGUAUGGCGAGAGAACGAGAAGAUCAAGAACCCGUCAUCGAUGACUAUAAAUGUGUACCCGGAUAGCGAGCUGCUCAGCCAGGCCAUUGCCGCUGUUGUCGAUUCGAUGAAUCUUCCCAACUUUGUGGUAAUCUACGAGACCGACGAAGGAUUAUCGCGCAUUCAGAAAAUUCUGACUCUGAAACGGAAAAAGGACAGUUCCAUCAUUGUACGACAACUGGGCGAAGGACCAGAUUAUCGACCGGUGCUCAAAGAAAUACAGGCAAUGAAAGUGUGCAAUGUAAUCAUCGACAUAGACCCGCACAAGAUCGUUGAUGUCCUCAACCAGGCGAAGCAAGUCAAGUUGCUUGCAGAUUAUUGCAAUUUUAUCAUAACAUAUUUGGAUUCAUCGAAACUGCCUAUCUUUGAAAUACGUAAUGGAACCACUGCCAACAUCACCGCAAUCAGUUUGAGGGAAACCGAUCACGAAGAAAUUAAAUGGCUAGACUCGGCGAUUCUUUACGAUGCAGUAUUUUUAUUCAACAAGGCUCUGGAGACCUUGAACGCGAGGAGUAUUGAUUAUGAGGAUCCUGACUUCAUCUAUCCUCUACCGAUCUCUUGUAACGAUGGUAUGAAGUAUCAAGCAGGUCCAAAUAUCACUAGUGUUAUGCGCGAGUUAUCGAAAAUGGGGAAGAUAACAGGCAUCAUGAGCAUUGACGAAUACGGCCAUAGAGAUAACUUCAAGAUUUAUAUAUUGAAUUUUCGGCAACCAGGCAAUCCUACGCAGAUCGGUUUUUGGAUGCCAAACUCCGGCGACGUGCAGCUUAUGCAAACCAAACACGAGAUCGAAAGUUACCUGUACAAAUCCAUCCAAGACAAACAUUUCAAAAUCUCCACCAGAGUGGGUGCACCUUACAUUAUCGAAGUGACAGAUGACCAGUCGCGUGGGAUAUUGAUUGAUCAAAAGCGUUACGAAGGCUACUGUAUCGAUCUGAUUGACGAGAUCGCGAAACAGCUGGGCUUCAAGUAUACAUUUGAGCUAGAGCCAAAAAACAAGUAUGGAACUUAUGACGAGAAGACGAAGACGUGGGAUGGCCUGAUCAGGCGCCUUCUUGAUCACGAAGCCGAUCUUGCGAUAUGCGACCUGACAAUAACUUAUCAAAGAGAAAGCGCUGUUGAUUUUUCGAUGCCGUUUAUGAACCUCGGUAUCAGCAUCUUGUUUAGCAAGCCUGAGGAAAAAGUUCCGCUGCUUUUUUCUUUCCUAUCGCCCUUGUCUGUAGAUGUAUGGAUGUACAUGGCGACUGCAUAUCUCAUCGUGUCGCUAAUGCUGUUUCUUCAGGCAAGAAUAGCACCUGGUGAGUGGGAUAAUCCGCAUCCGUGCAAUGAUGAUCCUGAGGAGCUUGAAAAUAAUUUCAAUUUGAAGAAUUCAAUGUGGCUGACCAUCGGCUCUCUUAUGCAACAAGGCUCAGACAUACUUCCGAAAGCGCCAUCAAUACGCAUGCUUGCCGGAAUGUGGUGGUUCUUUACAUUGAUAAUGAUCUCUUCCUAUACGGCCAACCUCGCGGCUUUCCUCACCGCAGAGAAAAUGGACACACCGAUUAAAAACGUGGAGGAUCUGGCUAAACAGACCAAGAUCAAGUAUGGAGCUCUCAAAGGAGGCUCGACGUCGACUUUCUUCCGGGAUUCGAACUACUCGACGUACAAACGUAUGUGGAAUACAAUGGUAGAGACAAAGCCAAGCGUGUUCACCAAAGACAAUGAAGACGGUGUCGACCGAGUUGUCAAAGAGAAACGGCAGUACGCCUUCCUCAUGGAGUCCACCAGCAUCGAAUACAAGAUGGAGCGAAACUGCGAAAUUGACAAAAUUGGAGGCCUCAUCGACAACAAGGGCUACGGCAUUGCCCUACCGCGUAACUCACCGUAUCGGACGCCGAUCAACAGAGCGAUCUUAACGCUAGGGGAGAAAGGAACGUUGCAACAAUUAAAGAAGAAGUGGUGGCAAGAGAUAGGCGGUGGACAAUGCAAGAAGGCCGACGCGGACAAGAACGCCAAUACGAGCGAAUUGAGACUGGCGAACGUUGGAGGCGUCUUCCUCGUCCUUAUGUGCGGUUGCGGCGCCUCGUUGAUCAUCGCUAUUUGCGAGUUCCUGUGGAACGUACGAAAGGUCGCUGUGAGAGAAAAGAUCACACCAUGGGAAGCGCUAGUCGCCGAGCUAAAAUUCGCCGUGAACAUCUGGGCGGUGACGAAGCCCGUUAAAAUCAUUAAGAGCAGGAGUGCAAGCUCCAUGGAGGGCGGACACGGCAGAGCCGCGUCCACGGCCCGUUCCAUUGUCGGUUCGUUCCUGCGUCUCGACAUACUCGAUAAAUUCGAUAAGGAUGCCAAGACGAACAAUCGGAGCAACGACCGUAAAAUUAAUUGAUCUACCGAGCGAUUUAAAAUAAAUUAUCGAUUGUUGAAAGCAGAAUUCUACGAUAUAAAGGUGUUAUACGUUUAUGGUAGAAAUUAAAAAUGAAAGAACUAUAAAAAAACUAUAUUAUAUUGCUUAUAAAUAAUAUAUAUGUAUUUUAAUUGCGAAAACGAAAAUUCUUUUCCGAAAGCUCGAAAAUAAAGUGCACUUAGAACUUUUUUAUUUUCUGCAGAA